CUUCUCCUUAAGCAGGCCGGCGACCUCUCCCUGCAAAUUGCACCCAGAUAUAUACACGAAAAUCGACCGGCCGUCCGGCCAAGAAAAGUACGUAAUGGAGUUUUCCGUCCAAGUCGCUUUGCACGAGAUGCAUAAAAAGAUUGAAUCAUGCGAAAACGUUGGGAUUUCGCCUUUGGGUAUAUCAUUCAUACUGGACAUGAUUGCUCAUGGCGCUACUGGGGAGACCUUAGCCCAGCUUCUUCACUUUCUCAAUGCCGAAAAUGUUGAUGAUUUGGUUUCUAACGCCUCGAAGCUCAUGCAGAUCGCCAAAUCAUCUAGCAAUGUUGACCAUGGUGGUGGUGAUGAUGAUGAUGAUGAUGAUGAUGAUGAUGAUGAUGAUGAUGGUCCUGUUAUCUGCAAUUUUAAUGCCGUGCUUGUGAGUCAUAAGCAUACUCUCAAGAAAUAUCACCAAGAAGUACUGGAAAACAUGUAUCAUGCUAAAGUCCAGUACGUCGAUUUUUCUCGCAUGGAGAAAGGAGUCCAUGAAGUGAAUGAAUGGGUGGACCGUGAGACGAAAGGGGUUAUAAAACCACUUCUUCUUAGUAAUGCCUUUAACAAUAAGUAUCUAACCCUAAUCCAUGCAAACGGCCUUUAUUUCAAAGCAAGCUGGCAAAACGAGUUUCAUCCAUUAGAAACACAAAUUAAGGAAUUCCACCUUCUCGGAGAAAAAGCGGAUGAGCCACUUUUCGUUGACGUACCCUUCAUGAUGAAAUAUGAGAGCUAUUACAAGCACACUUCAUUUGACGACUAUAGUGUUCUUGAGAUGCCCUAUAAUUCCGGGCAUGAAGAUAAGACAUUAAGAAGGAGUUUCUCCAUGGUCAUCAUUCUCCCCAAGGAAAAGAGAGGGCUGCCAAAACUAGUGGAUAAGAUAAGAGAAAACCCUUAUCUCUUGUCUUGCAAGAAUAUGGAGUAUGAGCUGAUUUCCACCUUACAGGUUCCGAAGUUUACGCUCUCUUAUUGUUUUAUACCAUCAGGGGUCAUGCAAGAAUUGGGGCUAAGGUUUCCUUUCAAAAAGGAUGAGCUUUCUGGUAUGGUGGAGGGCACUUCACUCCGUGUCUCCAACAUCAUUCAGCAUAGUCGAAUGGAAUGCAAUGAAGAAGGUACAGAAGUGUUGAGUUGUACUUAUAAUGCAAUUGAUGAUGAGUGCUGUUUUGAGGAUUCACCGCCACGAUCGCUGCCGAUCAACUUCAUAGCCGAUCAUCCGUUCGUGUUUGUCAUCAAAGAAGAUGUUUCUGAUACCAUACUCUUCCUUGGUGCAAUCUAUAAUCCUCUACAAUAAAUUAAGUAUGCACCUUCUAUUUGAUCAGAAUAAUGUUCCAUGUUUUCAAAUAUUCACCGUGUAUUUUCCUUUUUGCAAGACAAGUAAUCUCAUAUUAAGUAAAUUAUCAAACUCCAAGUUCUUGAGUACAAAAGUAGGAGGAACAAAGAAUCAAAACUGAC